UUGCUCCGCGCAACCGGAGCUCUCGUUUGAGCACCACAGCUUCGCACGCCAAGCAUUCUACCCCGAGAUACAGCCGAGGGAGCCACCACAGCUCCUGCUGCUAGCCACCUUCGUCGUUUCCUUGGGAUUUUUGCUAAGCAUGACCCGGUGCAAGGUGGACGAGGAGAAGGUUCGGAAGGCCUUUGCAGCGAUAGAUAAUGGCAUGUCGGUCAGGAAGGCUGCUGAGGUCUUUGGGGUAGGUCGUACGUCUAUCGAAGACCGCCGCCGUGGCAAGGUGGCCAUGAACGCGAAGGUUGGCCCCGAGACCAUCCUGAGCAGAGAAGAGGAGGAUUCGCUGGAAGAUAUUCUGCUGGUUGCUGCUCGCAACUUCUUGGCUGUGGAUCGGGUUCACCUUAGAGACGCGGUGCGACGACUCUGCAACGACGGUCGGCGGAUCCCUUGGGAUCCAGAGAAGGGUCCGGGGAAAGAUUGGCUUGGGGGCUUCCUUCGUAGGCACCCACGGGUGGCGGAGCGCUCGACCCACAUCUACGAGGCAAACAGGAUCACCGAGGACGAGGAGCCUCGCAUGGUGCAGUUCUACGAGAGAUGGGCAGCUCUCCUCGACGAGGUCAAACUGGAGGCCAACCACGUGCACAAUACCGACGAGACAGGCACGGUGUUACUCGGUGGCCUCUUGACUCAUCAAAGGAAGCGCGCGAAGAAGAUAGCGACCUCGCGGGGCUCGCUUGGCCUUCCCGACGGAGACAACAUCACUGCGCCUGAGUUCCUGGACGCUGUUGAAAAAAAACGCGCAGACAAGGCGGAGAGCGACGCGAAGUCUGCGAGGGCGAAAAAAGUUCGCGAAGAGAAGAGGGCAGAAAAAGCGGCCGCGGAGCUGUUGCGGCAGGUGCGCAUGGCCGAUGGAGGAAGGGGACGGGGGCGGGGAGGAGGGAGGGGAGAGGAAAGGGGAGGGCGCGGCGGGCACGGAGGGNUCAGAUUUGAAUCGAACACGCCCAAAUGGUCAUGAAGUUGGACCCGCAGUCGAUAUGCACCCUGUAGAACGUCGCAUGUGGUUCGUAGGCUAUGCGACGGUGAUUUUAGGGCGUGCCAGCACCGGGGGGGCAGCAUGCACAGGUUUUUAACCCAAGUCGGGGAUGUCAUCGUUUUGUCCCCGGGUGCCCUGUGUGUGUGUGUGUGUGUGCGUGUGUGUUUGUUUGCGAUAGAUGUUUUUCACAUGCUUACAGGUUCCCUCAAAUGCGCUUGUCGCGGGGGUGCAAAGGUGUUUUGAAACUACAGUUUUCGGCGUUAAUUCUUACCGUAGCGGCAAGCCUAAAAUCAGGAAACAAGUAUCUUAUUUUGACCUUGAAUAUAUCAUCAGGUGUGCUCCAAUGGGCGUGUAAUUGUGCGUACAGUCGAAACAUACCCUGCAGAACGUCGUGUGGUUCGUACCCUAUUUGGUGGUGACGUUCGUGCGUUCCAGUACCGGGGGGGGGGAGGGAUGCACGGGUUUAGACCGAAAACCCGGGGACGCGGUGAUUCUGUUCCCGGGGUGGCUUUUUUUGUUUGUUCUGAACAUGUUUAUCAGUCAUGUUUAAAGAUCCCCUCCAAAGGUUGUGUCGUGGGGAUGAAUGAGUAUUCCUCAAUGGCGGAUACAGUUUGGCGGUGUUCGGCGUGAAUUCUUACCGUUAGCGGCAUGCUAAAUCAGGAAAAAACACGCAUGUUUGACCAAGC